GCUGCCGCGGAUGCACCCCAGCCACUUCUUGCGAUCCCAGCCACACAGUCAACGGACACAGGUGCAGCAGAUGCUGACUCAGCCCGUGCAAUCAAGAUUUACAAAGCAAGAAGAAACUAGGAAGCUAUGGGCAGAGCACGCAGGCCUCUACCUGGGCAGCACAGGCAUUGUGAGAAAUGCUUCAACCGUCACUGCCACAUUCCUGUGGAGCCUGAUGUCUCCUGUCUGGUGAUAAACUGUCACCUGUCCUGUGGUGCCACCUUCCACAUGUGCAAAGAGGCAGAGCAUGAGCUCCUCUGCCCUCUGGAGGAGGUUCCAUGCCUCAACUCUGAAUAUGGCUGUCCCCUUUCCAUGUCCCGCCAUAAGCUGGCCAAGCACUUACAAGUGUGCCCCGCCAGUGUGGUCUGCUGCUCCAUGGAGUGGAAUCGCUGGCCAAAUGUGGACUCUGAAACAACCCUUCAUGAGAACAUCAUGAAAGAGACCCCCAGUGAGGAGUGUUUGGACACAGCUCUUGCCCUCCAGGACCAGAAGGUCCUUUUUAGAUCUUUGAAAAUGGUAGAACUUUUCCCAGAAACUAGAGAGCCCACUGAAGAGGAACCUACUAUGAAUGGUGAAGCCAGCUGGGAGGAAAUGGGAGGAGCAGUGGGUGGAGCAGAAGCCAGUUUGGUACCACAUGGAGCCUUAUCAGCAACUAAUGGAGAGAUGGUAGAACUGAGUCAAGAAGAACGAGAGGUGUUAGCCAAAACCAAAGAAGGGAUGGACCUGGCCAAGUUUGACAAGUGGGAAAAUAUAUUCAGCAAAGAGCAUGCAGCCUCUGCUUUAACAACCUCAUCAGUAGGUUGUGAGAGUAAGAGUGGGUACAACCCAGGGAAAGAACAGUUUUCUAGCGACAAUAACAUGGUAGGAGAGGAGACUCUCAAAGAGAAAGAACCACAGGAAAAACAGAAGCAGCAGGACUUUCAUGCAGCCCUGGAAACAACAGGGCUCGCGCCUUGGCAGGAUGGUGUUCUGGAAAGACUGAAAACAGCUGUGGAUGCAAAGGACUAUAAUAUGUACCUGGUGCACAAUGGGAGGAUGCUUAUUCACUUUGGUCAGAUGCCUGCUUGCACACCUAAGGAGAGAGACUUUGUUUAUGGCAACCUUGAGGCUCAGGAUGUGAAGACUGUUUACACCUUCAAAGUUCCUGUGAGCUACUGUGGGAAGCGGGCUCGUGUUGGAGAUGCCAUGUCGAGUAGUAAGCCAAGUGAACACAAGGCAGUAGACACUUCAGAUUUAGGGAUCACGGUGGAGGACCUACCCAAAUCAGAUCUCAUUAAGACCACCCUCUUGUGUGCUUUAGAAAGAGAACUUAAAGGUCAUGUCAUCUCUGAAUCCAGGAGCAUUGAUGGGCUGUUCAUGGAUUUUGCUACACAGACAUACAAUUUUAAGCCAGAACAAUUUUCCUCUGGGACAGUGCUGGCUGACCUCCUAACCAAUGCCAACCCAGGAGGGCUCCAUGUGGAACUCCACAGUGAGUGUGUGACCAGGAGACACAACAAGAGCAGCUCUGCCUUCACUUUCACUUGCAACAAAUUCUUCAGGAGGGAUGAAUUCCCCCUACAUUUCAAGAAUGUCCACACAGACAUUCAAUCAUGUCUCAAUGGCUGGUUCCAGCAUCGAUGCCCUCUCGCCUACUUGGGAUGUACUUUUAUUCAAAACCAUUUCCGUCCCCCAGGGCAAAAGGCAAAAGUGAUCUAUAGUCAGGAGCUUAAGACCUUUGCCAUCAAGCCAGAGGUUGCCUCAGAGCUGAGUGAGAGAAAGAAGAACAACCAUCUCUCAGGCCAUGGAGGAAAAAGCCAGAAUUGUCUAACCAGCCUGCCCCUGGAGGUUUUGCAGUACAUUGCUGGGUUCUUGGACAGCAUCAGCCUGUCCCAGCUUUCCCAGGUGUCUGUGCUGAUGAGAAAUAUCUGUGCUACUUUGUUACAAGAGAGAGGGAUGGUCCUCCUGCAGUGGAAGAAGAAGAGGUAUUCUCAGGGAGGCACCUCCUGGAGAGUCCACAGAGAGAUCUGGCAAUUCAGCAGCCUCUUCUCCAAAAUCAAGAGCUGGGAGUUUAAUGAAGUUGCCUCUAUGGCUGAACACCUGAAGGACUGUCCUUUCAACAUUGUAGAGCAUAAGACGGACCCAAUUCUUUUGACCAGCAUGUGUCAGCUCCAGGAGCAGGCCCGAGAGAGCUUAGUUACCACCUUUAGAGCCAGACCACGAGGUAGACACACCUGCUAAAGAUUCAGAAGCCACCAUCCUUGGAUUCAUUGAAAGUAGGACAGAAUGAUUUUGAGGACUUCCUUCUAUAAACUGCAUAUGUGCUUACCUAGGUGUGUUAAAGCAUGCACUGCCCUAAACCUGAGCAAGUGCACAAGGUCUGAGAAUUUCCAAAGCCACGGCUUGUACACUUGCUAUAAGGGCCAUACUGAUAACUUAUUUCCUCCCCCCACCCCUUUCUCUCCCCUAAAACAAAUCAGUCUGAGGAGAAAAUAGGUAACUUGAGGCCAUUUGAAAGAUGAGCCCAAGUCGUAGGAAAUGAGAGAGCAGUGAAAUUCCAGAACCAGCACAGGCCUGUGCUUUUGUGGAGAACAUUUUAGUUGAUGAGCACUUUCAAAUUUAGAGGGUAGGCUAUGCAGGGGUGGGAGCUGAGUUGCAUCCCAGGGCACCCAGGGUGAAAGGCACACGGUUUGACGGUUCUGGAGCUGGGGUUAUCUUGAGAGUUAAGUCCAGGUCUUCUUUUUGUCACUCCACCGCCUGUAAGCCCAGGAAGUCCAAGCACAGUACAGCCCAAUAAAAUGGAGACCUUGGCUGAGCACAGCAGCAUCAAGGGCACCGCAAGCCAAAGAAUGAGAGGCAGAAAUGAGGUCACAGAGUUCACUGUGGAGAAUCUUGGCAGUAUAUAGGAGAGCCUUGCAAAAUGAGGAAGAGUUCAAAGAAGACAUUGUAUUAAUGGAGAAAAUUAGCACUAAAAGCCACAAGCCUACUUUUAAACAUGUCAAAAAUGAACUAAGAGUCAGGGUUAUUUUCUUCUUAAGAUUAUAUUCUAGGUUUGGAUUUGGGAUAGCAUAGGCACCAGCCUGAGCUAGCUGAGAUGACUGCAAGACACUAAUACCAACUCCAGUGUCAGGCAAGAGUGCAUGCCCAGAGAGACCUCUCCUUCGGCAAAGUCCAGACAAGGCGCAGUUCCUGUGGCACCAGACACCCGGUCCCAGACACCACUCAAGUACCUGGUCAGGGGCCAUGGGAAGGAACACACCUGAACAUAGUAGAUCCCUGUAAUUGCUCCUACCUAUUGUUGUUCAUGACUCUAGUCUGUCAGAAAUGGGUGAUAACAUUGGUCUUGGGUAACAGUGAAUACUCAUGAAAACAAGAGUAAAAUACAUAAUAGAAUCUGCCUUCCCCUAAAGCAGGGUUUCUCAGAACUACUGACACUUUGAACUGAAUGGUUCUUUGUUGUAAGGGACUGUCCUAUGUGUUGUAGGAUAUUUAGCAGCAUCUUUGGCCUCUAUCCAAUAGAUACUUGUAGCACAUGCACUGCUGUAAAAACCAAAAGUGCUUCCAGACAUUGCCAAACAUCCUCUGGGAGUGAAACCACUCUGGGUUGAGAAUCACCCUAAACAAUGUCAUACCAGUGCCAAUAACUUAGGGUAAGAUUUUUGGUACAGUAAAACCUUACAUAAUGAUCUACAGUGGUUGUGAUUUUAUGUAGCUCUUCUUUAUUUACUAGAUAAGUUUUAGACAGAUGUGACUUUAAGUUGGGAACUAGAUGGAGCUGAUUGAUUGGUGUGCCUUUAUGUCCUUAAGUCAUGUGCAAAAACAUAUCCUUUCAGCUCUCUCCAGAUGUAGCAGAAACAGGGCAUAUUGAGCUAUUUAUCUUGGGUUUCUUUCCCUCUCACCUGAAUCAGUGCCAUUUUCCCAGCAGUCCUGAAGCAAGUGAGAAAGAGGAGAAAAGGAGGACAGAUAUUAUGGGCAAGCAGAGAACAAAGAAUUUAGAUAACAAAAAGAAAGAGUCUAGUCAAUCUGGAUGCUUAUUAUUGACUGGGUCUCUCUCUCUCUGAACAUGGUACAGAGCUAGUAUAGAUGAAGUAGAGGACACUUGUGAGAAGAGUCACAAGCAAGUCUGAGCAAGCCUCAGAGUAGAAACCUGCUCGUCUUUUCAUUAUCAUGCACCACAACUUACUUGGUAAUGUAACUCUAUGUUUCUUAAUCCAUUUUGCUUGGUUUAUAUUUCAUAUUUGUAUAUAAGGCACCAUUUUCUAAAAAUACAACUAUAGUGUGAGUUAUGAUUUUUAUUCAGUGAAGAUGAGUAACUGGAAACAACUGAACACUGAAGUG